UACUGCGCAUAAUAUUUUGAUUAUUAGAACUUUGACAUUUAUAAUCAUCUACUUUUCUAAUAUAGAAUAAUAAAUACUUUAAUUUGGCCACACUUAUUUACAUUAUUUUAUCAAUGCGUAUUUCUUAGACUGAUUUAGGUACUAAAAUUUGUUAUUAUUUUAUAAUGAUAGCUUAAUGUAUAUUUAAUCAAUUUAAGUCUCUGUUAAGUUUCUAAGGGAGAAGAAAUUCAAUAUAUUUUCUGGUGUAUUUAAGGGAAGUUUUAAGAGUGUGAUGGCCCUGGCACCAAAUUUCAAGGAACAUAAUUUGAUAAUUUAGUAAUGGAACAGAUAGAUUUUAAGAAUGAAAGUAAUCGAUUGGCAACAUUUACUGGUUGGCCAAUUUCAUUCAUAAUUAGUCCUAAAAGUUUAGCUGCUGCCGGUUUUUAUUAUACUAAGCAUACUGAUAAAGUUAAGUGUGCUUUUUGUGAUAUAUACAUAUGUCGUUGGGAGUUUGGUGAUAACGCUAUUGAUGAACAUAAACGUCAUAAUCCAAACUGUUCCUUCAUACUAAGUCAAGAUUGUGGAAAUAUACCUAUAAUUGAAGGAAUUCAACUACGUGGAGAGUUUGUGGAAAAUCACAAAGAAACUGGUCAACCCAUUGAUAUUCGUGGUCUAGGUGUACGAGCUCACAGAGUUGCAUUUCAUUUAAAAUAUAAUUCAUAUAGUGCUCGAAUAAAAACAUUUAGGGACUGGAAAAAUGAAUCUCAAAAACCAGAAAAUUUGGCUACUGCAGGAUUCUUUUUUACAGGAAGCAAUGAUGAAGUACGAUGUUAUUAUUGUGAUGGUGGUCUUCAAAAUUGGGAGAUUGCUGAUAAUCCAUGGGUAGAACAUGCUAAAUGGUUCCCUAAUUGUGGAUUUUUAAACUUAGUAAAAGGAGAAAAAUUCUUAGAUGGAAAUUUAAUUGAGCGGUUUAAUGCCCUUUUAAAUAAGUCUAGAUCAGAUGAUUCUACUAGUACAGUAACACAAGAUGGUCAAGUAGUUAGUAUUCAUCAAACUGACUUAAAUUUUCCUACUUCUUCAUAUAGGCAAAAUGAAAUAACUGAUCAACAAAUAAGCGAACUAAUGUCAUGUCCGCCAGCUAUUAUGGCGUUAGAGUUAGGUUUACAACCUUCACAAGUAAGACAAGCUAUACAAAGUAAUUUACAGGAAAUUGGAAGACCUUUUAGAUCAAUGGACAGUUUCAUUCAGCAAGUUUUAACUCAAGAUCAAACCUUUCCUACUGAUGGAGAUUCAAUGACUUUAGAAGAAAUACUUCGUAGAGAUAGUCCAUUAGUUCGGUCAAGUAUCAUCCAUAAUCAUGAAACUUCAUCAGAUUCAGAUGAUAAUGAUAGUGAUAAUGAUACUGAUUUAUCAUUAAGUAAUGCAAUAUCAAGUUCAAGUUCUUGUGAAGAAGAAGUGGCACCAAUCUUACAAGAAAGUAGUGAGGUUCAUAAUUUUACCCAAAAUGAUAAUGAAAACUAUCAAGAUCAAGAAAUUUCUCAAGCUAUUCAAUCUUUUGAUAAUAAAACUAUUGUAGAAGAAAAAGAAGAAGAAAAUUUUAAUACUAUAAAUUAUCAAAAUGCAAAUUUAUCCCAUUCAAAUUUAGAAGAAGAAAAUCGUAGGUUAAAAGAAGCACGCCUUUGUAAAAUUUGUUUGGAUCAAGAGUUAGGUGUUGUUAUGUUACCAUGUGCACACUUAGUUGCAUGUAUUACAUGUGCAUCAAGUUUACCAGACUGUCCAUUAUGCCGACAAACCAUUAAAGCCACUGUUCGCACAUUCCUUUCAUAAUAGGAAUUUAUUAUCUAUUGAUAAAUAUAUUAAGUAUGAUUUUUGGGUUUAAAAUAUAGGUAUACAUUCCCAUCUAUGCAUAAAUCUGGCCAAUAUCAACCAAAAUUAUAUUAAUUAUAUAUGUAUAUCUAAGUUUAAUAAAAAUUAUAUUUUAAUAUCAUUUGACUAAGUGAUUUAUUAUUAAAUACAACAAAAGAUUGAAUUUUAGUCAAAUUAAUUAUAUCAUACAGAUUUUUAUUAAUAGUUUUAAAAUCAUAUUAAAAAUAACUUAACAUAGUAAAGACUUUUUUUGUAUAUAAUUAUAAGAUAUUGAAAUUGGUAUUAAUAACUAGUAUUUUUGGUCA